AUGGCACAAAAUAUGGAGGAAGGAACUGAUGCAGCGUCGAUAAAACCUGUUUCAUCGUUACGAUCGCACUUCGAAGGGCUGAAGGCCAAUCAAGCCCCGCCCGAUGACCGUGGAAGCAUACCUCUGUCUCCGCAAGUUUUGAAGCCCGUUGACGGACCGAGUCCACCUCCAAUAUUGCGAGCGUCGUUUGACCUACCCCGACCGAAAUCGCCAUGGGAAGGAGGGGGAAAUACAAGGCAGGGAGGACCACAUACUCCGGUCAAAGGAACCGAAUCGCCUCCCAAACCAGGUCACAAACGACCCAUGUCGAUGCUUCUUCAAUCCUCUCCCCAGCUCACUCCUUCCGUCAAAGUCGACUCGCCUAGAUCACCGCCGCGGACAUUCUUCGAACGGAGUUCUUCAAGAUCACCCGAGCGUGUCGACAAUACACCUUUCGCCAAAGUCCGCGAACUCAUCUCGCAACAUUCGAGCAGAGAAUCAACUCGACCUCCUACCCCUGGAGCCCCCAGCGGAGACCGUUCAGCGACCUUGAAAACGGUCGAGGAUGCAAACGGGACGGGAGAAGCGCAAGAAGCAAAAUCACCGGGAAGACCACCUCCAGUCAAUCGCGCCGAUAAACCGAAAAUACCGGCCAAGCCAUCCACCAUGGCCAUCCCCGUCACAAGCAGCGCCUUAAACACAGAGGUUCGCAGACCCUCUUCCGAGGCCCGGGUUUCGCCCUUCAGCACCCCUCCGAGCAGCGUUGAAAAUUCCCCAUCUCGAAGCCCUGAAUCGAUAGCUCCGUUACCGGCCGUGAGAUCGGUUGAACCUCUCCCAUUGACGAGCAACGUUAUCGCACAGCCUCACGCUGUUCCACCACCGGACCAAACUUCUGCUCGACCCAAAGACGCUCGACUUUGGGGAUUCUCGCACAAGACGUCUGCGCCCGAGAGAAAAGACCCCAGAAUGUUGGGCUUUACUGCCCCAGAGCCUCGACCACCUAGUCGCGGAUCCGAUUUACCCACGCGAGCGAAUACGGUCUCCGAGAAGCCCACCAGAGAUCCCCGUGAACUGGGCUUUUCAAGUGCAAAACCAUCAUCACCACGUCAUGUCUCGGAAACAAUUCGACAUGCACCUUCACCUCCCCCCCCACCAGUUCAACCGCCUCGCACCCAUCCCCUUCGUGACGCUCGUCAGCAUGGUUUCUCCGGUCAUCAAUCCCCGGACAUCGAAAUGACUGAGGAAGAGCCACAUCCUAAGCUCCCCCCCAGACGAAACAUCGAACCUCCGCCACGUCCCUCCAAUGAAUCGAAGAAUACGACAAGAUCGGGACCCCCGCCGGCUCAUGCUGGCGCCCCUGCCCCGGACCGGUCCAAGAAACCAGUCCCGAAUCAACAGGCAUCUCGCGCUCCCACAAUGCCAAUGGACACGCGAUUUCCUCCGCCGCCCAAACGUGCCAGUUUUGAUGAAGGUGAGCCUCUGCCGACGACCACGCCCAAGGCGCAGACAUUUGGCGGAGAUUUUCCCAAGCGUCCGGCGGCAAGAGCAUACGCCAACGACUCAGACGAAGCAGAGGAAGCCGCGGAAGAACUGUCGACCGCUAAAUCGGAGUAUCCAGACUCGACGCACACCAACAGGCGACCUCCAUUUUGCAAGGGCGGUCUGUGGGAGAUACCCACCAAGUCUGACUCGAGAAUCGCUAAAGUCUGUGGUCAAUAUCUGUGUACAGCUGGCUAUGUCACUCGAGUAUUUGACAUGACUUCGGGCGAGCAAAUCAUGAGCAUCAACCACGGCGAAACCGUCAAGGUGACCGCCGUGGCCUUCAAACCGGCGGCGGAGCUGACGAAGGAAGGUACCAGACUAUGGCUGGGUACGAAUACCGGAGAUAUCAUGGAAGUAGAUGUGGCCACACAUACCAUCUUGACGACCAACUCCUCACACAAUCGUCGAGAAAUUGUUCGCAUACUAAGAAACCGAAAAGAUCUAUGGACCCUCGAUGACGAUGGCAAGCUCUUUGUGUGGAAGGCUGAUGAGACAGGUGUCCCGAAUUUGAAAUACAGCCAUGUAUCUCUGAAGGUCCAAAGGGGCCAUUCCUUUUCGAUGGCCAUUGACGGAAACCUGUGGCUUGCUACGGGCAAAGAAGUCCGAAUAUACAAGCCCGGAAACGAGAAUUCGUUUUCGGCCUUGACAAAGCCACUGUCUCAACACGGGAAUGGGGAUGUGACUUGUGGUGCCUAUGCCAAUGAAGGUGGAGGGAGGGCCUAUUUUGGCCACAUCGAUGGAAGGGUGAGCAUCUACUCCACCAAAGACUUUUCCACCAUUGGAAAUAUCAAAGCGAGUGACUACAAGAUCAACGGCCUGUCUUUUGUCGGAGACAAAUUAUGGGCGGCAUUCAAGACGGGAAUGGUGUAUAUCUACGAUACUUCUACCACUCCCUGGAAGGUCAAAAAGGAUUGGCGAGCUCACAAUGGACCGGCUACCGGAGUUUUACUUGACCCAAGUAGUGUCUGGACACUCCAACGGUUACAAGUCGUGACCAUUGGCCACGACAAUUGUGUGCGGCUAUGGGAUGCUGCCCUUGAAGACGAUUGGAUCGAGACUGAAAUGCAGGAACGCGACGUCGAAUAUUGCAAAUUUCGAGAAGUACGGGCCGCCGUUGUGACAUGGAAUGUGGGCGCAUCAAACCCCUAUGACUUACGAGGCGACUUCAUUGCCGACGCCAUUCAUCCCGACGAUCCUCCCGAAAUUCUCGUGUUUGGCUUCCAAGAAGUGGUGGACCUAGAAGAUCGCGCCGUAACUGCGAAAAGCAUCCUGGGUUUCGGCAAGAAGAAAGAUACGGUGAAAACCGAACAACAUCAAAGUCGAGUCUAUCGUGAAUGGCGAGACUACCUCAGCAAAAUCAUCAGCCGUUAUACCAGUGCACGCUAUGCUUACUCAGAACUCCAGACGUCCAGCCUGAUCGGCUUAUUUCAGUGUGUGUUCAUCAGACAGGAAGAACGACCGCAUGUCCGCAAUUUGCAAGCCGCCAGUGUGAAGCUUGGCUUGAAGGGUCACUAUGGCAAUAAAGGCGCGCUCGUCACCCGCUUCGUCUUGGAUGACAGCUCGGUCUGCUUCAUCAAUUGUCACCUCGCGGCCGGUCAGACGCAGACCUCACAUCGAAACAACGAUGUAGCAAGUAUACUCGAAGCUGAGGCCUUGGACCCCGAGCCGGACCCAGAUGUCCGCAGCUCUCUGUACGUAGGAGGCGGCGACGGCACACAAAUCCUUGAUCACGAAAUUUGCGUCCUGAACGGCGACCUGAAUUACCGCAUUGACGCCAUUCCACGCGAUACAGUCGUCAACAUGAUCAAGCGCAACGAACUCGCGAAACUUCUGGAACGAGACCAAAUCAUGGUCUCACGCCGUCGCGUCUCCGGCUUCCGACUCUCCCCUUUCAUCGAGCUACCCAUCACUUUCGCUCCGACGUACAAAUACGACGUGGGCACCGACAACUACGACACCUCAGAAAAGAAACGGUCGCCAGCUUGGUGCGAUCGGCUGCUCUACCGGGGCCCAGGCCGCGUGAAACAAAUCGAAUAUCGCCGCCACGAAGUGCGCACCAGUGACCACCGCCCAGUGAGCGGUGUAUUCAAGCUCCGUGUCAAAACCAUCGACGCGCGGAAGAGAGCCAAGGUCAAAGAAGACUGUUUCCAGCGAUUUAGCGAAGUUAGAAAGCAUAUGGCGGAGCGCGCAAGUGUGGAGUACCUGGUCACGACUUUGGGUGUGGGUGAUCAGGAGGCGAAGAGGUUGAUUGCGGCCAAGUGA